AUGGCUAGAAAAGGUCGUUUCACAAGAAAACCAAAAGUAGGACCAGGAUGUCAGCAACCACAAACGGCUCCGCCUCCGGUCCCGCCUCCGGCCUCGGCUUCCCACUGCGAUGACUCUGAAAUUCUCCCGGACAGUGGUGAUAGUGUCCCUCAAACUUCAUGUCCAUUCCUUCCGCCGCGCAGUGUACCAAGGCCGGCUCUACAAACGAGCACAACUAACAUUCAAAACUCGGAGCCAAGCCAUGUAAACUCGGCAGAUAAUGCUAAUGAUGUGGAUUCUGUUGAUCAAGCAGCUGAUGAAUCCUUUGUUGAUUCUAGAGCUCAGAAUCGCAAAGGACGCAAGACUACAGAGUUUUGGGAAGUCAGGAUAAUCGAUUCUGAUGGCACAAUGAAGCCGGCAAGACUAAGCGUGAGGGAGGCCAUGGAACGGCCUAACGGUAGAAAGAUCGUCCUCAGGUUCAACAAAGCAAAGCAAGCCAUUGGAAACGAAGCUGGAUUGUUGAGUGGCGUGCUUGGUCUGCUAGGAUCUGACUUUGGAAAGUUUCCUAUCUGUGAGGAAAGCUGGCGUAAGAUUACUACAAAGGACAAAGUCUAUAACGAAUGUGUGAAGCAAAUUUUCCACAUUAAUGAAGAUAGCGAAGGAGUUAUCAAAAAAAAUAUCUUGAAAAGUAUGGGGAAGUCCUGGAAGGAGACAAGGCUGAGGUUGUAUAAUGCUUAUUUCGAGCCAACGUUCACGACUGAACAAAAUAUUGAGAACCGUCCGCCGGGAAUCGAUCGAGAACAUUGGAGAUGGUUCCUUGACUAUCGCGCCAAACCUGAAACGAAGGAGAAGUGCAAGAAAAAUGCAAAGAAUCGAUCAAAACAACAAUAUACCCACACCGGCGGUUCAAAAAGCUUUGCACGGCGAAUCGAAGAAGAGUCGGAACAACAAGGGAGAAUAGUCGGAAGAGGGGAGUUAUGGAUCGCAGUGCACAAAAAAAAGGACGGCUCCUACAUGAAUGAUGAAGCAAGAGCAAUCGGUCUUACUUUAAGUGUGAUUGCUAAUUUGCCUGUUAUGUUUAUAGACUUUUUGAACUUCGACGAAAGAAUUGAGGAGAUUGAGCAACAGGAUGAGUCAUCUAGAGUGUUGUCUCAGAAUGAUUCCAUUGCUCAGGUUUUCGGAAAAGAGAAACCGGGUAGAGUACGUGGUGUGGGUUUUGGACCGACUCCUAGUCAACUCUUCGGUCCAAAUUCACAUGGGCCUGGCAACGGAGUCCAACAAGAGGAGACUCAGAGGAAGCUGCUUGAACUGGAGGCACAGCUGGAAGGCGAGAAGUUGAAGAGGAAGGCGAUGGAGGAUGAGGCAGCAGCAGAUAAGAAAAAGAUGAAGGCGAUGGAGAGUGCUCUAAUUUAUCUGUUUCAACGGCAGGGUGAGGAGCUGCCACCAGACAUCGCUGCAGGGAUGAGUUUUGUGGGAUGA